AGUGUUGAAGAGGGAUGUCUUUGGUUUGCAGACAUCGCGAUGGACUGGUCGGACCAUGCGCUGUGGUGGCCGGCGCGCAACACGUGGCUGACGCGGACGCGCUCCACGCUGGACCAGUGCGGGGUGCAGGCGGACGCGCAGCUCUACUUCACGCCCAUGCACAAGACGCUGCGCGUGCAGCUGCCCGACCUGCGCUACCUCGACUGCCGCGUCGACUUCUCCAUCAAGACCUUCAACGCGGUCGUCAACCUCUGCAAGGAACUUGGGAUGAGGCAUCCUGAAGAGCUCUCUUUCUGCAAGCCCCUUGAAGCUAAUCAUUUGAAGUAUAAUCUAAAGGAUAUGCCAUGCAACAAAAAGCGAAAUUCGGACAAUCGCUCAAAGAACAGCAUUCCUGCAGAUACAAACACUUUCAUUGCCAGUCACAGUCCAUCUGGAUCUACUGGAAGCUUAGACAAAACUAAUCCUCCGUUAAUGUGCGCACCUGUCACUCCCAACAGGCAUCAGACAUCCACACCUAUAAGUUCUCCAGUCUCAGUAAGUAAUGCAAGUUUUCCUAAAAAUAAGCAAUCAGGUACAUGGAAACGCAAUAAUCACACAUCUAGUUUUGGGGAAAUGAAUGGUAGUUACUCACCCAAUGCUAAUAACAGUCUGACAUUGGAAAUGCUGAAUGGCAGUAUGGAGUCUUCUCUUGCACACAGUCCUGCUCAUCCCAGCCCUGAAGCAAGAAGCAGGCUUCUGCGACCACGCACUCUUGUGGAAAGAGCUCGCAUGAAUGUUGCAUGGUUGGAUUCUUCCCUAUCGAUUAUGGAACAAGGUGUUCGAGAAUUUGAUACUUUGUGCUUACGUUUCAAGUUUUAUUCAUUCUAUGAUUUGAAUCCUAAGUAUGAUUCAGUGAGGAUAAAUCAGAUUUAUGAACAAGCCAAAUGGCAAUUGUUGAAUGAGGAAUUGGACUGUACUGAAGAAGAAAUGUUGAUGUUUGCAGCCUUACAAGUUCAAGUUACAUUGCAGUCUGGUGUUCCACAACCUGUUUUGGACAAUAGUUCAACAGUGGUUGAAGAUGAUAUUGAUGCUGCUCUCACAGAUCUUCAAGUGACUUUAGAAGGCUCACAUAUUAACAGUGGACACAAUGAUAUCACACAAGUACCAGAAUUGUUUGAUUACCUGAGAUUUUCAAAGCCUAAAAAGCUCACUCUGAAAGCAACAAAACGUUAUUGGUUUACAUGUCGUGAUCUGCAUCUCACUCUCUACAAGUCAAGAGAAGAAGCAGCUCAAGGUGCUGAACCUAUUCAUCACAUCAACUUGAGGGGAUGUGAAGUUACUCCUGAAGUCAACAUUGCUCAAGGCAAAUAUGGCAUUAAAUUAGAAGUGCCCAGUGCAGAUGGCAUGACAGAAAUGAGCAUUAGAUGUGAUUCAGAAGAGCAGUAUGCUAAAUGGAUGGCUGCUUGCCGUUUGGCAGCCAAAGGUCGAUCUCUGGCUGACAGUUCAUAUGAGUCAGAGGUGAAAUCUAUUGAAGCAUUUCUUCAAAUGCAGCAUCCUGCACCAGCUCCUGCCAUUAACCCAGCAUCUCUUGACAUAAAUCCUGAUGAUUAUGUUGCUCCCAGAUUUGCUCGAAAAAUGAAAGGAAAGUUGGUGCAGAGAAUACUUGAAGCUCACGCUAAUGUUAAAGAUCUUCCAUUAGUUGAUGCAAAAAUGAGUUACAUCAAAGCAUGGCAGUCUCUUCCUGACUAUGGAAUUUCUCUCUUCAUUGUUAAAUUUAUGGGCCACAAGAAGGAAGAAUUACUUGGUGUUGCAUUCAACAGAUUGAUGCGAAUGGACAUAAGUUCAGGAGAUCACAUUAAAACUUGGCGCUAUAAUACCAUGAAGGCCUGGAAUGUUAAUUGGGAAGUAAAACAUAUGAUGGUUCAAUUCGAAGAUGGGAAUAUCAUCUUCAGUUGCUUAUCUGCCGAUUGUAAAGUUAUUCAUGAAUUCAUUGGAGGAUACAUAUUCUUAUCCAUGAGGUCAAAAGAAGCAAACCAAACACUCAAUGAAGAAAUGUUCCAUAAGCUCACUGGAGGAUGGGUAUAAUGUUUCAAGAUCAUCCCAGUUGAUUUUUGUGUACAUUAUCCUGUUUUUGUGGAUGAUUGCAAUAGCUGCACUGGAAGUAAAGCUGCCUGAAUUUCCAUGAAAAUUUGUUUUGUUUUUCUGUUUAAUUGACAUUGCAACAAGAUGUACAAUAAACACUUGGUGGGAGAAAAUGAGAAUAUCCAGUUGUUGAUUAUGGCAAAUUAACCUGCUAUGUUUUAUGUACAGUAUAACUUUAAGUUAAAUAUUAUCUUUAUUCUCCAAAAUUUUAAUUUUUAUACUAUCGAAUGAAAUUAUUGACUUUAAUUUAAAGAUUAUGGGCCUUAUAUUUGUAAUUCUAAUGUUUAAAAUAUUGGUGAGCUAUCAGAUUUAUGUGUAGGUCUUCAGCAUUUUUCUCUUAGUUACCAUUGGAAGAAAUUUGUUUGCAUGCAAUACUGAAUAUUCACUUAAUAAGUCUUGAGUUGUAGUAACUUCUUUUUUCCAAAUAUUAUGCAAUAUAUUUCCCCUUUAAUUGUCAUUUUUAGAACAUAUUACACAAAUAGAUAUACAGACAAAAGUGUCACUUAUCUCAGUAAAAUUAGAUCACGUGGUGCAAUUUGUUAUUAAAGAUUGGCUGAGGUCACAAAUAUCAGUCUUACAUUUAAUUAGGUUUAAUUAGAGCGCAAUUAUCUUUUCUUUUGAACAUACUAUUGAAAACAUGUAUAAAGUGUAUGUGUAUAUAGAAAAUAACAUGAAGGAGGCCCACUAAAGUUGUGCAAAAAAUUUAAAAUUUGUUAUUUAUAUUUUAUUAGGAGUUAGAGUUGUGAUGUUAUAUUAUACUGACAUUUUAUAAUAUUGUUAAUAAAUUGUUUUAAAUAGCUCUGACAAAAUAAUAUUAUAUUAGAGUGUAUAUGAACUUCUAUGUAAGAAAGAACUAGUAAUUUUUAGCAUAACAGCUGCAUAUUAUCUCUGUAAUUUGUGCUAAGAAAAGUAUGUAUUUUAUUACUGUACACUAUCUACUUGUGUUAACUGAAUCUUCAAACUAUUUUAGUAUAAAAAUAAAUAGUCAUGUAUAUUUUCCAAUAGAAUUUUUAUUGAAAUUACUAAUUUACCCUUUCUAACAUUACCUAGAAAAAUUAUCUUCCAAACUCAGUUGUUUGGAAUGUAGCUUCCAAAAAUUUGAAAAUGCCAAAAAAUCAAGCAAAAUGCCAAAUAAAAGCUGUAUCAAAGACCAUAAAAAAAGUUAAAACUGACAAUUCAACCCAGGAUAUGAUAAGUAAUGCGUAGUUCUAAUUCAGGAGCAUCUUAUCUAAUGGCUCAUUUGCAUUUGCAACAAAAAUGGCAAACAUGAAAGUGUAAUGCACUAGUGCCUUAGAUACUUUGAAAUGAAAUGACCAAUGAAAAUUUUGAAGAACUGUGUCCACAC